AUGGUCCUGCCCAAAAAGCUGCGGCUCCUGCUCUUCCUGACGUCCCAGCUGGCUCUGCUGUUCCUCGUGCUCCGCACGUUCGAGGGCGAGGAGCUGCCGGGGCGCGCGCAGCGCGUGCACGUGCUGGUGCUGUCGUCGUGGCGCUCGGGCUCGUCCUUCGUGGGGCAGCUGUUCAGCCAGCACCCGGACGUCUUCUACCUGAUGGAGCCCGCGUGGCACGUGUGGAUGACCUUCACGCACAGCACGGCGGGGAGGCUGCACAUGGCCGUGCGGGACCUGCUGCGCUCCGUCUUCCUGUGCGACAUGGACGUGUUCGAGGCCUACCUGGCGCCGGGGCCGCGGAGGCAGUCCAGCCUGUUCCAGUGGGAGCACAGCCGCGCGCUGUGCUCGCCGCCCGCCUGUGGCGCCUUCCCGCGCGGCGCCAUCAGCAGCGGGACGGUGUGCAAGCCGCUGUGCGCGCGGCGCCCCUUCGCGGCGGUGCGGGACGCCUGCCGCACCUACAGCCACGUGGUGCUCAAGGAGGUCCGCUUCUUCGACCUGCGGGCGCUGCGGCCGCUGCUCACCGACCCGGCCCUCGACCUGCGCCUGGUGCACCUGGUGCGCGACCCCCGCGCCGUGUUCCGCUCCCGGGAGCGCACGGCGUACGAGCUGAGCAUCGACAGCCGCAUCGUGCUGGGGCCGCCCGGGCAGCAGCUGCGGGAGGAGGAGCAGCCCUUCCGCGCCAUGGAGAUCAUCUGCCGCGGCCAGCUGGACAUCCUCCGGGCCGCGCAGGCCCUGCCCGAGGCGCUGCGGCGCCGCUACCUGCUCGUGCGCUACGAGGACGUGGCGCGGGCGCCGCUGGCCCAGGCCGCCCGCAUGUACGAGUUCGCGGGGCUGGAGUUCCCGCCGCACCUCCGGACCUGGGUGCACAACACCACCCGCGGCCGUGGCACGGGCCAGCACGCCUUCCACACCAACGCCAGGGACGCCGUCAACGUCUCCCAGGCCUGGCGCUGGUCGCUGCCUUACGACAAGGUCUCCCGGCUCCAGCAUAUCUGUGGCGACAUCAUGGACUUGCUGGGCUACCUCCAGGUCGGAUCCAAACAAGAGCAGGCCAACCUGUCCCUGGAUGUCCUCUCGCCCGAGAGCCCCUGGAGGCAAGCCUACCGCGAGGGCUGA